AUGGCUCACGCACUCAAUUCCACCCUCCUGGGACAUCUCCCCACGGCAGCCACAAUCCAAACCCACCUCAACCAAAAUGUCCAUUCCCUCACCUCCUUCCUCCGCUCCAUUCCCCCCUCAACCUACACAUCCCUCUUCGGGAUCCUCACCCUCCUCUACCUAUCCUACAAAUGGGCGCUCCCAAAACCCAUCCCAGGAAUCCCUUACCACAAAGCAUCCACCAAACGACUCCUCGGCGACGUUAGCUCAAUGGUCUCCCACAUCUCCCGCACACAAGAAAUCCACACCUGGAUGUCCGCGCAGAACACGACUUUAAACUCGCCCAUCAUCCAACUCUUCACACGGCCCUUCGGACCCCCCUGCGUCGUCGUGACCGACUACCUCGAAGCGCAAGAUAUCCUCGUGCACCGGACGAAAGAAUUCGACCGUUCCAAGUUCAUCGCCGAUGUCUCGGGGGGGAUCGUAUCAAAAUCCCAUUUUGUGAUGCAGACCAAUGAUGAGUUUAGGAAGCAUAGAAAGUGGGUGCAGGGUAUCAUGGCGACGGGGUUCUUGCAGGAUAUCGCGGCGCCGUAUAUGUACGAGGCCGGACAGGAUUUACUGCAGUUGUGGGAGCAGAAGGCGAGGUUAGCGAAAGGACGGGCGUUCGCGGCGGCGCAUGAUGUACAUUGUACGACUAUGGAUGCCGUCUGGCCGAUUGUAUUUGGCGCCGAUCCAGGGAAUAGUAAUACAAAAGCGCAACUACGACUCUUCGACACCAUCACGGAGGUCGAUCUCCCGUCCAGUCUUGAAGAAGAAGCUGUCCUACCCCGCGCCCCGCAUCCGGAGAUGGUACAGAGUUUUUUGAAUCUGAUGCAUAGCGUCGAGGCGUGUAUCAAGUCGCCUAUGCCGGUGCUGUCGCAUUGGUUACUACGCCAGACGGCGGCGUUGAAGAAGUCGAUUCGGAAUAAGAAUGAGCUGAUUAGUAGGGAGAUUGAGAAGGCUGUUGUGCGGGCGAAGAGCACUUCUGCGGCGAACAAGGAAGUGAAGUGUGCGGUGGACGAUAUUGUGAGGAGGGAGAUGCGGUUAGCCGAGAAGGAAAAUAGAACCCCUGAGUUUGGGUCGCAGGGGAUGUCGGAUGAGGUGUGUUUAUUUCUACCGCAAAAUCACCUCCUUUUCAUCUAUUUUCUUAUCAUUCCACCUCCUCCCUUCAUCCCUCCCCCUAUAAAACCCCACUAACACCCCCCCAGAUCCUCGGCUUCAUAAUCGGCGCCCAAGACACAACCGCCACAUCCGUAACCUGGGCCCUCAAAUACCUCACCGACAACCCCACCAUCCAAUCCAAACUCCGCUCCGAAUUACGAGCAGGCCACGCCGACGCAACAGCCGAAAAACGCAUGCCGACCUUCGACGAGAUAACCCAAACACAAAUUCACUACCGCGACGCCGUAAUCGAGGAGAUCUUCCGAUGUUCGCAGACUGAAGCUUCAGCUGUUCGUACCGCGGUGGUUGACACCGAGAUCCUAGGCCACUUCAUCCCGAAAGGGACGGAAGUCUUUCUCAUGGGCAACGGCCCCAGCUUUCUUGCUCCGGAAUUCAAAAUCGAAGAUUCGCUACGCACCAAGUUAGGACUAGAGUCCAAAGGCAAGGUCGGAGUAUGGAACCACGCAGAUAUGGAGUCCUUCAACCCAGAGCGAUGGAUGGUUUCCGGCCCAGGGGGCAAGGUGGUGUUCGAUGCCGCUGCGGGACCGAUGUUGACAUUUGGACUGGGUGAAAGGGGGUGCUAUGGGAGGAGAAUGGCGUAUUUGCAGAUGAGACAGUUGUUGUCGUUGAUUGUGUGGAGGUUUGAACUUUUUCCGUGUCCCGAGGGGUUGAGUGGGUAUGCGGCUUCGGAUAAGAUGGCGCAUUCGCCGCAGUUGUGUUAUAUUCGGCCGGCGAAGAUUGUGUAUUGAGGAGUGGAAUAGAGAAUGUUGUGGCUUUUGAAGAUUUUAUACUGAAGAAUGCACGAUAUAACCUCAUGGUUCUCCUACAACUUCGCCUUUUU